UAUACCCGUAGAAAAUGUUUAUUAUCAGCGUGCAUUUAAAUUCGAGCGCGCAUCUUACACACAGUUCUACUUCGACAAAUAAGUGAGGUCGCAAUUCUUGGGAUUGGGUUCAUGGGAAGAAAGACGUGCUCAAGGCUGCUUUCAUGCGGCUUUCAUGUAAGGGUAUGGAAUAGGACAUCAGAGAAAGCAGCACGACUAGCGGACUCGCGGUGCUCGCCCUUCCACCAGCGUAAUCGGAGCCAUCCACGGCGCAAGCAUCAUCCUACUCAUGUUCUAACGCGGGCGCCAUAAGGGAGAUACUCCUCCAUAAUCCUGCGGCAAAGGCUGUGCUGCAGAUCAUCCUGCAGACGGGGACCAUAGCCACGUCCCGCUGAGUCCCGCGGCCUGGCCUCCGACAUCUCCUCCGCGGGCGGCCGCUACGUGGAGGCGCCCGUGCUGGGCAGCCAGCCGGAGGCGGAGCGCGGCGCGCUGCUCAUCAUGGUGGGCGCGGAGGCCGACCCGCGGGUCAGCCCCAGCGACCCCGUGUGGCCGCUGCUGCUGGCGCUGGGCCGGGAGCCCGACAUCCAUUUCAUGGGUCCGGUGGGCGCCGCCGCGGCAGUCAAGCUGGCGCUCAACCAGUUGCCGCAGCCCUCCCAGUCCAGCUUCCUGCAUCCCACCGCCCCCGCAUAUUCUCCAUCAUGCGGCCAUGGCCCGGGAACCUCUUGUUAGUUCCUCUCAUACCACCAUCCCCCGCGCCUCCCUCGUUCCCUUGCCCGCUUGUCUCCUCCGCCGUACAGCACCUGCUGCAGGGCGUGCAGCUCCUCCAGCAGGAGGCGGCCGCUGCCGGGCUGGACACCGCCGUACAGUCUCGGCCCUGGCCGCCGUCAUCACUCAUCAGCGGCGCCAUGGCCUCCGUCAUGGCCAGCAGGGGCUGCAGGACUGCGACUACUCGGCGGUGUUUGAGGCGGUGGUGGCGCCUGGCGGCGGCAGCAGGGGCUGCGCUGGAUCGGGAGAGGAAGCGGACGCUGUUGCGGCCUAAGGCUGGAAAGGCUGCUGUGCUCUGUCGUCUUACUUGAAGAUUACCGGUAAAUAGGCGAGUGCAUCCAAAGCCGAGCAUGUGUUUUGAGGCGGCGGUGAUGGUGGUGGUGGCGCCUGUCGGAAGCGCAUCUCCACAGCAGCAGUAGCAGCAGCUCAUGCAGUUGCUGGAAUAAGAGCUGAAGAGCGCGGGGAAGGGAGCAGGGAACGCUCUUCACCGGUUGGAGGUGAGGCAGCAGGGUGCUUAGGACGAAUGGGAGAGUUGGUUUUCGAACGAGCUGGGUUGGGCUGGGUUGGCUUGUCCAGCAGGUUUUGCUCGUUCGGCGAGCACACGCGAGCGCUGUGGUUGGGGUGGAACGCGGGGGUGGGGUGCUGCGGGAGUGCGGCAGAGGACAACCCUGCUUGAGGACAACGCUGCAGGUUACAAAGGCUACUGUAUGCAGGUGCAGAGCAGUAAUCUGGAUGUGCAGGUUGUCGCAGGCGAUCAGGUACGCAGGAUUCCCGUGCAGUUGGGCGCUGCAAGGCAGGGUCAGGCCAGCAUGCUACCGGAGUGAGAUGCAGUACAGUGCCCGUGCGUGGGCUUGGUAACUAACAGUUGACUACCCGUAUCGGUGUAACCAGCAAAGAGGCGGUGCGGGACAACGCAAUCAGACAACUGAGGGCCUCUUACGCUGCAGGUUAGAACACAGGCAUUGCGACAGCGAACGCGACUACGCGCCCAACCAGCCAAGCAAUGGAAGCAACCUAGUCCGACAGAGAUGGGCACCAUGGCAGCAACAGGGGACAGCCAAGCAGCAACCGAAAAGGCAAAGCUCAAGAGUUCGUCAUGGUGCUCGAGCCACC